UGGCUACCACUUGCUUGUGCUCUUUUAACUAAAGAUGGUGGGUUUUAGUCCAAAUAUGAAAAAAGGGAGAAACCUUUAAACAGACUGAUUUUUUUUUUUGUUUUGUUUCUAGAGAGGUUUACUGUAUAUUGGCAACUUGUUGAUUAUGCUCACUUCUGGAAGCUGUGUGAAGCCGAACACAGAACAGAUGAUAAGAAAUUGCAUUGCCUAAUUUAGGCUAAUUUUAGCCGAUUCAACUUUCUGCUCAACAUUACUGAAGAAGUAUUUCGUCUUGGAAGCCGAAAGCUGUUCGACCAUGGACAAGGCAGAAUUCCUGAAAGGACUUCCUGUCUAUAAUAAAAGUAAUUUUAGUCGUUUCCAUGCAGACUCUGUGUGCAAGGCGUCGAACAGGAGGCCAUCUGUUUAUCUGCCCACACGGGAAUACCCAUCUGAGCAGAUUAUAGUUACGGAAAAAACAAAUAUUCUCCUCCGUUAUCUUCAUCAGCAAUGGGACAAAAAGAAUGCAGCUAAGAAACGAGAGCAAGAUCAAGCCCAAGGAGAAAGUCCAGCACCCCCCAGGAAGAUUGCCAGGACAGACAGCCAAGACAUGAAUGAGGAUACUUAAGAACCACAGAACUAUGUGCCAUGCAGAUGAAUGGCAUAGAUGACCAGGAUUAUUAUUAUUAUUUUUUAUUUUUUUCCCUUCAUGGUGUAGCUGUUUUCGAGCGCUUCCGUUAUUUGUCUGCCUCUGGACAAAAAGGUGGUCAGAAUCACUUGUUUUCUCUUCUUCUGCAAGACCCUUCAACUGUGUUGGACUCUUAUAACAAGAGGAGAAUGCUUGGGAGCUUUUCUACAUUGCAUGAUGGCCCAAAAUGUCAGGUUUUUGCGUGUGACAGCAGCAGUGUGCUACUAAUUAUCAGAAAGCGCAUAUAAAUAAUCUGAAAAUAUUAUUUAUAUGUAUGUAUAAAUUUUUGCUGCAAGUGUAUGGGGCUUUCCGAUUGCACCCCCUCCAAUUAUCAUUUUUGGGAUAAUUUUAUGACAAAUUUAAUCAGAGAACACGUUACGCUUGUUUAGGUUAUUCUUCAUUUCAUAAUAUUUCAACAGGAAAAAGCAGGAAAAAAAAGUUUAUGGUUGAAGUGCUUAUUUAGGUUUUUUUGGAUCUGUAAGUAAAUAAGCUUUACCCCACCCAACACAUAACAUGUAAAUUGUUAAUGCUAUUGUUUCUAAUCUCCUGUCCACUCAUCUUUAAAUGACAGAGAUAACGAUACAGUUUUAUUGCAUUGAAUAUGGUGAAUAAACACUUCAUUUUCAGAAUCAAUUAUAGAAUAAACUAGUCGGGUAAAUCCAUCACUCAUGCUAGAAAAGAGUUUGUAAUUACUUCAGUAUAUCUUAAUUAUAAAGUAGUUUGCAGUACACUCUGUACUACAGCUGGAUGCUUCUCUACUUGCUCUGAUUUGAUGUCACUUCACGUA